AAGAUACGACGAUGAUGCAAUGUUUGUCAAAUGUCGCGCAUGUGGAGUGAUCAUGGAUUCAUAUCAAGUUGGAUCUCAUGAUAAAGUAUGCAAGGCAUCCAAAAAGGAAAAGGAGAGAGUAAAAAUGAAUCGGUAUGAGUCUAUAUCUGGGAGAGACCGAAAUAUUCUGGAAGGUUUAGGGUGAGUUGUUCAUUCUGUAUGUAAUAGUAGAGUUGAAGAGGAGGAAGUCAAAAAAGAAUCAAAGCACCACCAUCAUCACCACAGAAAGAAUGAGUCCGGUGCUGAGGAAUCAAAGGACACGACUGCAAGCAAGGAGGAAGAUGAGGAGGAAGCUCGCAGAAAACGGAAAGAAGAGCGUCGCAAGCGCAAAGAGGCCGAGGCUGCUGCUGAAGCUGCUGCUGCCGAAGAAAAGGCAAAACAGGAAGAGGAGGAAGAGGUUCGCAAGAAGCGGAAGGAAGAGCGAAAGAAGCGGAAGGAGGCUGAAGCAGCUGCCGCCGCAGCUGCCGAGGCUGCUGCUGCUGCUGAAGAAAAGGCAAAACAGGAAGAAGAAGAGGAAGCUCGUAGAAAACGGAAAGAAGAGCGAAAGAAGCGCAAAGAGGCUGAGAAGGCUGCUGCUGAAGCUGAGGCUCAUGCUGAGGCUGAAAGAAAACGAAAAGAAGAAGAGGAAGAGGAGGAGAAGAGAAAGAAGAAGGAAGAAAAGAAGAAGAAGAAGGAGAAAGAGAAAGAGGCGGCUAAGACCGUUGAUGUUUCGAAACUUGUGUUUUUGUGUUCGGGUUGUGGUCGAGCAUUCAAUGAAGAAGAUGGUUAUGCUCAUUUGGUUGAAUGUCCAAACACGACGGGAACGGGAGCUCAACUAA